AUGAAUCAAAGUAACCGAAUGUUUUGCAAUAACAAAUUGCUUGAGAGAACUAUGAGAAAACCUCGAACAUCACUAGAUCAUGAAUGGAAAUUGAUUAGUUAUUUUGAAGAUCUAUCGAAUGAACUAUUUUAUGAAAUUUUUGAUUAUCUUGAUGGUUUGGAUUUAUUUGAAGCAUUUUUAAAUCUUAAUGUUCGUUUUCAAUGUUUGCUCAGUUCUAUUCUUAUUCGAUUGAAUCCUAGUUUCUCGUCUUGUAUGCAAUCGAAUUAUGAAAGUCGUCUCAUUAAUGUAGUUUCAUCAACUAGGCAACGUAUUCUUGCAAUUUUCUCCUAUGAAAAAUGGAUGACGAAUAGUUUAUACGCAUUACUGACUAUUGAUUCAUCAUUUCAUCGUCUCGAAUCUCUUUUUCUUGUUGGACUUAAUUCAUAUAGAUUAAUAUCUCUUCUAACAAGUUUAACUACUCUAUAUAAUCUCUCUUCAUUAACCAUUGUUAUCGAUGAAGAUAUAUUAGAUUUGACCGAAACAUAUCGAAUGCUUUGUGGUUUGCCUACUUUGAAAUACUUUAAACUUUCAUUCGAAUCAGAAGAAACAUAUAGUUCAUUGGCAAUUGUUACCAACGAUCAUUUCAGUAAUCUUAAAUAUUUAAUCAUGAAUCAUUCAUGUACUUUCAUUGGUCUUACUUCUAUUCUAUCGUGUACGCCUCAACUUUGCUAUCUUAAUUGUAUGAUGCUGAACGAACCGAGUGAUUCUAUUAAAGAAUGUGUAAAGAUAGCAUUAUCCAAUUUAACUUCUAUUAAAGUUGGUAAAUGUUAUUUGUCAUUUGAUAAAUUUGAAAUAUUUAUUCAAAAUGUUUGUGCUGAAUUAAAAGUAUUACAUAUUAACACGUAUAGUGAUACAGCUUAUUUGAACGGUAGACGAUGGGAACAAUCUAUCCAACAGAAUAUGCCACAUUUGUGUAAAUUUGAGUUUCAAUAUCAUGAAAUUGUUGAAGAUACUUUUGAAUUUACACCCCAUCAUGCUCUUAUGGAUCAAUUCGUUUCUUCAUUUUGGAUAAAAAAGCAAUGGAUGAUAGAAAUUCUUAUCGAUAUACUCGAUUGGUCUGGUAUUGAAAUUAUUUAUUCAGUUCAUCCAUAUGCGAAACGAUGGCAUGAAUUGAAUGAACUCAAUGGGAAUCAUCAUUUCUACUACAUCGAACAACAACAACAAUCUGUUAUUGUUACUAUCUCAGAACAUUUUCAUAUUGAUUCGGAAGAUUUUUUCUUUAGUAACUUUCAUCCUGUUCUGACCACAUUUCAAGUUAGUCAUCUAGUGAUCGAAUCCAAAACUAUUUCGAUUCGAAUAUUAAUCGAAUUUCUACAUUUGUUACCUAAUCUUGACUCGUUAAAACUUUGCUCAUUGUCGCUAUUGGAUCUAACAAAUUUCAGUAGAACGGAAAACGAAACUCUUCAUUCUAUAUCAAAGAACAGUAAAAUUACUAAAGUGAAUCUUGAACAAACGACUCAACUUGCAGAUGUUGAACUACUUAUUGAUCUAUGUCCUCAACUGCAAUAUUUUGAAAUGAAAGAUUUUACUGCGAUGGAUUUCAAAUUAUUU